GGCGCUGUAGUUUUCCCCCGACGAGGAGUCCGUGACUCGAUCACAGAGCUUCACGCAGGAGGCUAGAGUGCCACUAGGGGGCAAAGAAACGACGAGGGGUGGGGGUAGAGCGGCUAAGAGCCCCGGGGCGAGAGACCUCGUGCUGCGACUCAGUCCCCACUCCUCCGGCCGGAGCUGGGGCCUCGGUCUGCGGCUGCCAGCGCCGCCAUUUCACCCGCUGGGAGCCGGGCCCAGCAGCCGCUCGGUUGGUCUGUUGAUAGGAGUAGCCAUGUUGUGGGUGAAGUUGGCACGACUAGCCAAUUAGAGCCAGCUAUGUCUAAUUCAAAAUUAUGCUGAGGCACAAAACCAGGACAAGAGCUGACUGGACCAAAGAGCCCAGCCAGGAAUCUCUGCUGCCGCCUCUCCUCCAGAUGCCUGGGGAGCAACAUAAGACAGCCACUGAUUUCUGCCCCUGCAAAGGGAAGAGGAAGAUGCCUCUCACUAGAAAGAAUGGAGCUGGGAAAAGGAAAACUUCUGAGAACUGGCCUUAAUGCUUUGUAUCAGGCAAUCCACCCUGUGCAUGGUAUUGCCUGGACGGAUGGGAAGCAAGUGAUACUGACUGCUUUACACCUUCACAAUGGAGAACCAAAGUUUGGUGACUCGAGUGUUAUUGGUCAGUUUGAACAUGUUCAUGGGCUUUACUGGGGCCCAUGUACUACAGACACCACGACUCUGCUUGCUGUUCAGCAUAAAAAGCACAUCACUAUUUGGCAGCUGAGCUAUAACAUGUCAGAAAGGAAUAAACUCCUGGUUUCUCAGAUUUGUGAAACGGGUGAGCCAUUUCCAGUGCUUCCCCAGGGCUGUGUGUGGCAUCCAAAGAAAGAGAUCUUGGCUGUGCUUACUACACGGGAUGCCUCCGUCUUACACUCUGUUCGUCGCAACAACUCCAGAAUUAAAGCUGAUAUAAAAGGUAGUGGUCUCAUCCACUGCGCUUGUUGGACUAAGGAAGGCAAUCGCUUAGUAGUUGCUAUAGGCAGUGCCCUUCAUUCCUACAUAUGGGAUGAUGCUCAGAAAACUUUAAUUGCUUGCUUCUUUUGCCCAGUAUUUGAUGUGGGAGGCUACAUCUGUGCUGUAGAAGCUACUCUGGAUUCCCAAGUUGCUGUUGCUACUGAGCUACCGUUAGAUAAGAUCUGUGGCUUAAAUUCAGGUAUUGCAUUUGAAGUCCCAGCUGGUGGUGAAACAAAUUCUUUUCCUUCACCGUCUACCUUGUUAUGUGGUGAUGAAGAGUUCUCCAUAGAUGUGGGGAAAAAAUCACUAGACUCAGAAAAAUCUGUGCCUAUUGUUUCAGUACCUUCUCCUUCAUCAGCUCCUGUGGAUCUAACCCAUAUCCUUUCCAGCAAACAAAGACUUAGUUCCAGUCCCCUUAUCCAUCUUAGGCACAAGGAUUAUCUAACAGGAAGCGGCCAGGACUCUUCACACCUGAUUUUGGUGACUUUUGAAAGGAAGGUUACCACUACCAGGAAAGUCAGCAUCCCAGGCAUUCUGGUCCCUGACAUAAUGGCUUUUGAUCAUAAAACUCAUACUGUGUCAGUAGCCUCCAAUACUUGUAACAUUAUUUUGGUCUAUUCUUUGACUUCAUCCCAUUUACCCAAUAUUCAACAAAUUCAGCUUGAGAAAAGUGAAAGACCAAAGGGCUUAUGCUUCCUGACCGAUAAAUUGUUAUUGAUUUUAGUUGGAAAGCAGAAAUUCACUGACCCUGCAUUUCUGCCAUCUUCAAGGUCAGACAAGUAUGUCAUCCGUUUGAUGAUCAAAGAAAUAAGUUUUGAAGAGGGUUCUUCAGCAUCUGCAGGAACUAGUGGUAACUCCAGUUUGAAUGCCUUUUUGAACAUACCUGUGAAAAGAGAGCCACCAGAAAUUCUCUCUACAGAAGUUCAUCCUCUAAGUAGCGGACUCCUGAUACCAGGUCAUGCUAUUAUUCAAUCUCCUAGUAGCAGAAGAAAACUUAUUGAAGAAAUUAAAAGCCCUACUUAUGAGCAACGCCUGUUGUCAAGUGUGAGAGACAUCGAAGAAAGAAAGAUUUCCAUGGAUUUUCCUCCAGCUCUGGAAAUUUUGGAUGUUGAACCAAUUAAUCGAUCAUUAGUCCUGCAUGGGCUUAGAACACCUACUGCAUUUUCUAACAGACCAGCAUCUCCAAAAGGACAGGCGGAUGUAGUUCCUGAAAUUUCAAAUUCUCCUAAAAAUAACAGUCUGCUAGGUGAAAAAGAAGCAAGUUAUUUAUCUAAGAACAUAGAAAAAUUAUGUGGCAAUUUUACAGAAGUACAGCAUCACCUUUCUGAGCUAACAGAACUUCUAAAAUCCAGGAAGAAAUUUCUUCCAGCAUACCCGUCUUCUCAGGAGCCCUCUUUUAUUAACAUCACUUAUCAGAAGCAGCUUUCUGGAAGUGCGGUAGAUGAAAGGCGAGCUGUUAUUCUAUGUGAUGGUAAACUCCGUCUAAGUAUAGUUCAGCAGAUUUUCAGUCUCUCUCUUGUUGAAAUGCAACAUGGUUCAACCUGGAUUGUUCUCACAACUGACAGUGAAGGCUUUGUUCCAUUAACAUUCGGAUCCAUGCAGGAGAUAAUCAUAAGAGAUGCCAGUUCAAAAGGCUAUAGCACCCAUUCUUCCAAAACUUUGGAUAUCAUCAGUUCUACAGAAGGAUAUAGACCCAUUUCUUCAGAAAGUCUGGAUAUCACUAGUUCUUUGGAAGUCUUAAGAGAACAUUCUUCUAAAAGUCUAGACACCAGCAGCUCUUCAGAACAGUCAACCAGUAAAACGUGAUUUUGAAUUAAGAUGAUAGUAGCUGUUAUAGUUGGACAGUUUUAAAAUCAUUGUCACACGGGACGGGAGCCUUUACGUAACUGUCUGUAUAUUACAAUUGAUAUAUCUGUUGAGUUUUUCUUGUAACUAGAUCUUAUACAAUUCUGUUGGGUUCAUCUCUCGAUAAAUCUUGACUCUUAUUUAUUUGGCCCUCUUUGUGCCAAGUUUGGAAACUAGCACUCUUCUACUCAGCAAUAUGUGUUCUCAAGGGGUUUUUUUUUGGCUAGAAAUCAUAGCCCAGGCCUUUGUGUCUGUGGCUGGACAUCUGGCUUUCUACAAGGUUCAGAAAAAGGGCUUCCUUACCAUCUUGCCUCUGAUUUGUUUAUGGUUUUAGACUACAGGAGAACUCAUAAUAAAAAAUAAGUAGACAUUUCUGCCUUUUUUUUUCUUUAUUGGAGGCAAAAAAAACAAACUGGUGGUCAGAUCCUGAACUCCUCACAGUUUUUAUUCAGAAACUCUGAGGACAAAUUGUCUUAUCUACACAAGAAGAUUUUAUACCUCUUUUCCAACAGUGCUGGUAAUGGUAUAAGCACCAGCGUAACAGGGUUUGGGCAUAUUUAUCAUGUCAUGAAAACUUGAGCCCUUUUCAUGCUAGCAUUUGCAUCUGUACUAGCACUUGUAUAGUUAUACUGUUUCUGGAAAGCAGGUACAAAUGUUUCUAGGAUUGGCAUGUAAACAGUGAGUCUGAGACAUCUACUAUUUCACUCCUAUCCCAAAAUCAGCCCUUUGAACCAUAUGUGACACUUUUAUUGUGAUGCCACAACAAUGUUAGCAGAUGAUAACUAAGUAUGUUGAGAAGAAAUUUUUCAGACACUUAUGGUAGUGUUUUGUGGUUUGGAUUGUUUUAUUACUCCUACACAUAACACAUAUUCACAUGCAAAAUUUGGAAACUUUUUCUAGUUGUUUUCAAAUUAGAAUGGAGCACAGAAAUUUGUCUUGUAGCUCUCUUAGUCCAUGUGCCUGCUGACGUGACCUUGAAAAUGUAACUCAUACAACUAUGCCUGAACUAGCAGGGAAUCUAAGACCAUAUUAUACCUUUAAGAGGUGUGGAAUACCAUAUUCAUCUCAAUGAGGGAUUAAUUCAGGUGUGUAACGAGGAUUCUUUAAAUGUCAAUUUUAUUAACUGUUUCCCUGCUCCUCAAAGCAUGUAAGAAAGGAAAGGAGCAAUCAUAUUAUGAAGAUCUGUACCACUUACUAAUGGCAGCCUCAAAUUUUGACACUGUGAGUAGGUGGGCCUGGGAGAUACCACGUUUUUUUUCCUCUUGGACCAAAAAGGUACUGAGCCCAGCAAGGCAUCUGCAUCAUUUCAAGGGGGAGCCAAGACCUAAAAGUGCAGUAGGCCAUCCAAGCAGCACUGCAGGGAAACCACACCUGAGAAUCCUAGCAAACCUCACAAUAUAUUUAGAUCUCACUGAGUGGAAGCUGAACCCAGUGAUCAUGUGUGAUCAAGAUUUGGAACAUCUACUACAAGAGUAUUACCGCCUUCCCCACCCACAGUUUGCCCCUUGCCUUCUACCCUGUCUUUACUCUUCUAUAAAAGCCUUGAAAAGUUUGUUGGGGUACACCAAUGGCCACCACAUUUGUGUGUCUCUACUAGUGGGGUUAUGUUAAAUUAAUAAGGAUUUAGAAUUAGUCAAGUUCAUUGCUUAAUGUUGUCAGGAAACUUACUAGACUUUCUCCUUCAAAUAGGAAAUGAUUCUUUGUUCACUUGCAAACAAUACAGCAAUUUAAAAUACAUUGUCGUUAACAAAUCAGUUUUAGUGUUCAUGGCAUAUAUAUAGUUAAAGUCUAAACACAAUCCUAUUACUACACUAUUAUCAGUUUAAGAAUUGACUAUAAAGAAAAUAUGUAAGAGUGUGUUCCUGUGGGCUUUCAUCUAUUGUUGCAUAUAAAAA